AUGCCAAUUAUGGACGAGAGAAUAGAACAGUUAGAGAAACAACUCAGCGAGAUCGAUAAUGAAAAUCAAGAACUUCUUCAAGAGUUGAGGGAUCACUUGGAUCCAUCGCUCCACAGUUUAAUGACGAAAUUGUACUCUGAUCUUGAGAACCUGGAAUAUACCCAAGACGAAACCACGAUAUUGAAUGAAAUUAUAAGCAACGAGGACCCAUUAUUUUCAAGUAACGAGGCCCCCCAACUUUCUUUAGGAAGUUUAGAUAAAACCAGAGAUAGUCAAGGAUUCGCUGACCAAAUGGAUCCAUCAAUAUCUAAGUUUUUCAAAACUACGAACAGGAAAAGAAGAUUUGAUAACCUAGAAGGCAAACUAAAUGAGGAAACUAAGUUGCAAAUGCUCAAGAAAAAGACAGAGCAGGAAUUGAUUGACUCAACAAUGGUUGAGAGCUUGACAAGAUUGUUUGGCAUAACAGCAUUUGCAGUUAGUGAUCCUUCCUUUAUAUCUCAUGCCCAAAACAACGCUUCUUCAGAGGGCCUUUACAACGAUGAACAUCACUUGUUGGGUAUACGACUAGAUACUUAUAAUGAGACCACCAAGCAAUUCCAAGCCCCGUACUAUAUUAUCCUAAAGAGAAAUGACAAAAACGACGAGUUUUUCAUAUUCAAGCACACCAUACCUAAGUAUAUCCAUUUAACUGAACUCGAAUCCCGCUAUUUGAACCUUGACUUGAAUAAAUUUGUCAGUGAGGUCUAUACCAGGCUUUCGUUGGUGCUUCGAAAGAAAAUUAUGCUCGAGAAAGUCGAAACCAGUUUGAAAGGUAUCGAACUAAUUGAUGCGGAUUUAUCGUUCAGCAAAGUGACAUUUCAACUUUCAAAUGGGUUAAAAUUGCAAUUGCUGUUGGACUUUACUGAAGUAGCUAAUGCCUGUGUAUUGGAAAGCGCAAAUGCUAGAUUAAGCACUGAUAAAAAAUUGUUGGUUCAAAGUAUUAUGAAGGGAUCCUAUUUUACUUUAGUUGAUAAGUUUCAGUCAGCUUUAGAAGUAAUGAAGCCCGAUUAUAGUAUGUAG